GGUGUUUGGGAUUUCACAGCCCUGAAUGAGGCUGCCUUGGCACCCACCUGGUGCUGCCCUCCAGGUGCCCUCCAUCUCAGGGGAAUGGGGACACUGCUGGAACAUUUUCAUUUCCUCCUGCCCCACUGCUGUCCCUGCCACACCUCAGCUGUCCCAUCCACGGGCUGGAUUUGGAGCAUUUACAGUAACUGCUGCUGCACAGUGCAGUUCUUCCCACCUGAGUGGCAGGAGGUCAUUGCUGUUUGAGGAGAAAGCUGAAAGGAGGUGAAAAUUUGAGUGUUAAAAUGUUUAAAUUCAUAGCCAGCCCCCCAUGGGCUGGGCAGAGGAGAGGGCACACCUGAGGGGCCAUUCCCAGCUGUGUUAACUCCAGAAAUUCUCCACCUGAAGCUCAUUUCUUUUUUCCCAUGUAGCUGCUCCAAAUUUUUCUUCAUUCUCUCUGGAUGUCAGAGCCUGCAAAGCUUUAAUUCAGGAGCCAGCCCACUGUCACAGCUAAACCUCCUGAUAUUUCAUCAUGGAUCCUGCCCGCUCCAAGGAGCCUCCUCAGCUGGAAGUGCUGAAAUGAACUUAUGACAAAUACAAGAAAUGAAAGUCUCUCUCAAAUGCACUUUCUGGCAUGACUUAAAUGAGCUGAAAUUGCUGACAUUCUGCCUUCCUCAGAUGCGUGUCAGUGUCCAUAGACUUUUCUUUCAAACAUUGGAAAAUUAUUGAGUUAAAUGUUGCCAGAAACAGCAGCUGCAGGAGCCUGGGUGUGCGUUGGGUGAAGGUUACUGUGAUGUGGCUGGGUGCUGCAGAAUGAGCCCCUCUGACCUUGGCUGAUCCCAAAUACAGAAGGAUCAGACAGAGGAGAGGCAGAAUGAGCCCCUCUGACCUUGGCUGAUCCCUCAGAACGGAAGCAAUUCCACUUGCAAGUUCUUGGGUUUGUUCUGCCUUGAAUUUGGAUGGGCUGAACCUUUCCAAGACUUAAUGACUGUCAUUUUGCUUGAACCAAAACAUUUCCUUAAAGACCAGGAAGUUCUUUGCCUGCUCAUGGGCGCUCCUGUGUUUGUCCCAGCAGUCAGGGCUAGGACUAAAUGGACAAAGUGACAUUUUCUUGGCAAAGACAAUCAGCUCUUGGGCAGCUUCAGAGCUCCACAGCCAGGACCCACUAAUUGGUUGUUAAAUUGGGUAAAUCCUCCUGAACCCCAGCAUAUAUCUGUGGCACUCUGUGCAUUGAUAAAACUGCUGGAAUUCACAUUGGGAAUCACAGGAAUGAUUCCUGUGGUGUUGUUGGUACCUGUCUGCAGGUAGAAAAUGCACUGUGAAAAGCUGGCAUGUACCUUGAAGAACUUUCUUAGAUGGGAUGCAGCAGCUUGUCUAAAAGUAAAGAUUCUCUCACUGAAAUCUGUGCUCAUUUCAAACUUCCCUGUCCUUAACUCCUGAGGAAUGUGACAGUAUAUGAAAAUUUAAAGGCUGGUUCCUGCUGUUACUCCAAAUUUACAUUGGCAACAGUGGUUAAUUAAUUUCAAAUUUACUCAGUAGUUUACUUUCAGUGAUAAGUGUGGCCCUGACAUUUUCAGAGAAUAAGAAUUAGCCUCUUAAACUGCUGUGGGUUUUGUCUUGUUUUCAGUUGAUGAAUCCUGAGGGGGAGGAUGUGCCUGUCCUGUUGGUGCCCAGGGUGAUGAGAUGUGGUGGCAGAGGGGUUUUGGGGUCCUUCCUCUCUGUUAACCUCCUGUUCCAGAUGUGGGGUUCACCUGCCUUUGCUGCCCAUUGCCCUUCUCAGUCCCCUCAUCUGGACCCCAAAUGUGAGUGGGAAGUGUGGGGUGUCUGAAGCACUGUCUCAUCCCACUAACACAAAAUUCAAGUGCUCUUGGGUGCCUUUCUGAAAUGGGGGUGCCAAGCCCUUGCUGUAGGAAGGGACUGAUGUGGGACUGGCACCUCUGGUCUCUUUGCCUGUUAGAAAUGUGUUAUUUCAGCCAUGGUUGUAUGGAAUGAUGGCAGCAGGGAUUGCAGUCAGUGCUGUAUGGAGUGAUGGCAGCAGGGAGAGCUUGGAUGGAAGCCUUGGGAGGAUUGCCUGCACCUCUGAUAGCUGUUAUCUAUGGAACACAUCUGAUUCAAACAUGUCUUUCUUCAGGGCAGAGUGCAGGUGGCCUGUCCACCUGAGGGAGGGCUGGGGAUUUUUGUCCUAAUUGGUAAUUUUAAUGACACAUCAUCAUCCUGACUCGUUGCUGUUGGGAUUCACUUUCAUUUUCCUCCUAUGUUUCCCAACUAAACAAAUUGAUCUUUGUAAAUCACUCACUUUUAGGCAUCCUCCCUGUCCCUCAGCUGGUUUUGAGCCUCCUGUCCCCACUCUCUGAUGCUGGAGCAAGUGCUGAAGGAUGCAGCCGCAGGCGCCCGGGGCUGUCUCGCUAACAAGGAGCAGAUUCCUCAAAAGCCUGCGGUGGAGACGUAGGAUCUUCAAGCAAAUUCUGGCAGCUGGAUCCCGAUAGCAGAUAAACUCAUUUGACCACCAUGAGUUGGAGUUUCCUGACCCGCCUGUUAGAGGAGAUCCAGAACCACUCAACCUUUGUUGGCAAGAUCUGGCUGACGGUGUUGAUUGUGUUUCGGAUCGUCCUGAUCGCCGUGGGAGGGGAAUCCAUUUAUUACGAUGAGCAGAGCAAGUUUGUGUGCAACACGGAGCAGCCGGGCUGCGAGAACGUCUGCUACGACUCCUUCGCUCCUCUCUCCCACGUCAGGUUCUGGGUGUUCCAGAUCAUCCUGGUGGCCACUCCCUCGGUGCUCUACCUGGGCUAUGCCAUCCACAAAAUCGCCAGGAUGGUGGAGCACAGCGAGGCCAGCAGGAGAGCCAGGAGGAGGAGCCUGCCCAUCCGCUGGAAACAGCACCGGGGCUUGGAGGAAGCUGAGGGUGACCACGAGGAAGAUCCCAUGAUGUACCCGGAGAUCGAGGUGGAGAGCGUCAGGGAGAGCAAGGAGAAGCAGAGCCCGGCCAAAGCCAAGCACGACAGCCGGCGGCAGAUCCGGGAGGACGGGCUCAUGAGGAUUUACGUCCUGCAGCUCCUGGCCAGGGCCCUGUUUGAGGUUGGCUUCCUGGUGGGGCAGUAUUUCCUCUACGGCUUCCAGGUGAGCCCCGUGUUCGUGUGCAGCAGGAAGCCCUGCCCGCACAACGUCGAUUGUUUCAUUUCCAGGCCGACGGAAAAAACCAUUUUCCUGCUGAUAAUGUACGGCGUGAGCUGCAUGUGCCUGCUCCUGAACGUCUGGGAGAUGCUGCACUUGGGCUUCGGCACCAUCCGCGACACCUUGAACGCCAAGAAGAAGGAGAUGGUUGACUCUGGGACCUUUAACUACCCCUUCACCUGGAACACCCCCUCAGCUCCCCCGGGCUACAACAUCUCCCUGAAGCCAGAGCAGAUGCAGUGCACCGAGCUGGCCAACGCCAAGAUGGCCUACAGGCAGAACAAAGCCAACAUAGCUCAGGAACAGCAGUAUGGCAGCAACGAGGACAACAUCCCCAGCGACCUGGAGAUCCUGCAGAGGGAAAUCAAAGUGGCUCAGGACCGCCUGGACCUCGCCAUCCAGGCUUACAACAACCAAAACAACCCCAGCAGCUCCAGAGGGAAGAAAUCCAAAGCUGGCUCCAACAAAAGCAGUGCCAGUAGCAAGUCAGGAGAUGGGAAGAACUCGGUCUGGAUUUAAUGUUGGCUCAGUUGAUAUGCUGUGGUUUUUUCUCCCCCUAGUUUAUCAUAACCAGCAGUCCCGUUAAUAAUGGCUUCCAUUAAGGGAAUAUUUGACUCUGCUGAUUUUCAGGGAUACCGUUGGCUCGUGAUUCAGCCCCAGAAAGGGUUUAUACACUGACUCUAGGACUUUAGAACUUUAUUCUUUUGUCUUCCAAGUCAGGAGACAAAUAGGUAUAUUUAAUUCAUUCUCAUUGAACGGUUUAUGCUGUAUGUACAGUAUUAUAGUACAUUUAUUAUGCACAAUUUUUUUUGUAUUUGUACACUGGAUCUGAUGUUACACUUUUUAUAUCAACAAGGACAAAGCAAUGGAUAGCCAUUAGCAUUUUGUUAAUUUUAUUAUUGUUGUCUGCAGUUAUGUCAUUGUUCUUCCUUGUUUUCCAAGUAAAACUUUUUAUAAAACUUUUC